AUGGGAGAAGCUGCAGAAGGAUCUGGCAGCAGCUACUUGGAACUGGCAGAAAUACACUUGCAGAAUGCUAUGAGGACCUAUAGAAGAGGACACAAUCAAAGAGGCUGCAGGAAAACAGGCAGCAACCCGGUACUCCCGGUUCUCCUCUCUGGGGAAAUCUGGAAAUCCCUUUCUACAGCAACACCUCAAAACGUUUCCAUGAAUACAAGAAAUGCAUCCACCAGCAUGGGGAGUCCAAUGGAGGGCAAAGCUCCUCUGUACCCAUUGCAAGCAACCAGAGCCAGUUUCCCCAAGGCUGGAGGAGCCCUGGCUGAAGCACCGGGUGUGACACCACCAGCUCAGUUCCCCGGAGCCCCCGCAGAAGACAGUGAUGGAAGCUGGGUAGCAGCACUGAUAAUUGGCAUCAUUUUGAUUAGUAUGAUAAUGGCUAUUGUUAUAAUCCUCCUGUGGAAAUGCCGCAGGAGGCCAGGCCUAGCUUAUUCGCACUGGGCUGGCCGCUCUCCCUUUGCGGAUGGAGACACACCAGAGGUCCCCAUGGACUCUGACCAGGCCACCAAACGUUCCUCUGCUUUAUUUACGUUGCCUUGGAAAUUCAAACAAGACCCGAACCUGCAGCAGGAGCUCACUGCCUCAGAGCAGCCACCCGACUGCACUACCUGCAGUGAGAAUGGUGAACUGCCGCCACCGGCCGAGGACCACGCUGCAGCCGCUAGUCCAGCUUCCGACAUAGAGGCACCUCCAACUCCCAUCCCAGAAGCCACAGGCUGUGCAGGAGACUCCAGUCUCCACCCAGAACCUUCACAUGACUCCCCAGACCUGCCCCCUCCACCAGACUGGCUCACGGAACCUAAGCAUCAUGGAUCAGAUCCCAGCAAGUACUGGGAAUUUCAUGCAGAACCACAGGAACCAUUGCCCCCGUCACCUGAGUUACUUAUUCAAGAUUCACAACCACUGCCCCAGCCACAGCACCUUUUGCACAGUGCUCAAAUUCAUACUUCACGUUUGUCUUGAAUGAGGUACUCUUCAACCAGCUGAAGAAAGGAGAAGUUGACGCCCACAGGAACAGGAGCCCCCAGCACAGGCAUUUCCCCAGCGUUUCUUAACUUCAGCUUUCACAGAAGGCAACAACCUCCUCCUGACUGAAACAAACCAUUUCAGAACACAAUAUGGGUUGUGCCCACUGGUUAUCUGGGACCAGCAAUUCCAGAUGGUGGAGACCACAGCAACGGAGCAUGCACACCUCUGUGUGCCAGUACACACAUGUAUGUAACAUACACGGACAUGGAACUUCCAAGAAAGAGUACAGCUUUAGAAGUACUUGGGGCUUCUAAAAAUGGUUUGUUCUACUGGGCUGUGUAAGUGAAUGCAGUGAAUGUAAGUGAAUUCUAAUAAAGCUUUCUAAUUCAAA